AUGGAGGAGAAGACUGUGGACCGAGUCGGCGCCGACGAUGCCGUUCAUUCGACCGACGAGAAGCCGUCCAUCGGCGACGGCGAGAAGCAUCCUCCGACGUACGAUGUGGCCAUCCUGAAUGCCGACUACGAGGGCAAACCAACCGAGGAAGAGCUGGCCACCCUACGCCGCGUUCCUGGGAGCUUACCGACGGUUGCCUACCUCCUCUGUGCCGUCGAGUUUUGCGAGCGCGCAUCCUAUUACGGAUGUGCCCAGAUCUGGACCAACUACAUCAACCGCCCUCUGCCGAAGGGCGGCAACGGCUACGGAGCGGUGCCGAGCGGAAGUCAAGCCACCCAGGGCGCCCUGGGGCUUGGCGAGCAGGUGGCGAACGCCACCAGCCAGUCCUUCAACCUGCUGGCCUACUGUCUCCCGCUCUUCGUCGGCUACCUUGCCGACACAAGGUUCGGUCGCUACAAUAUGAUUUUUUGGGGUGUGUUGGUGUGCGGUGUCGGGCAUGUGCUCAUCAUUGCCGGCGGCGCGAAGCAGCUCAUUGAGAACGGGACUGCGAAGAUUCCCUUUUUCAUUGGAGUCUACAUCCUCGCCAUCGGAGCCGCCAUGUUCAAACCAAACGUAUCACCGUUGUUGUUGGAUCAAAUGACCACUCAUGUUCCCAAGGUCGUCACUCUCAAGUCCGGCGAGCGGGUCAUCCAGGAUCCGGAACACAGCACGGAGAGAGUCAUGCUCUGGUUCUAUCUUUUGAUCAACAUUGGCGCCUUUAUGUCGACUGCGACCUCCUAUUCAGCGCGCAAUGUUGGAUGGUGGCUGGCAUUCUUGCUGCCUUUGAUCCUGUAUAUCCCCCUGCCCCUAUUGCUUAUCUGGCUGAAGCCCCGGCUGGUUCACCAUAAGCCUGGUGGCUCGGACCUUCCGAAUUUGAUGCGCGUCAUUAGCCAUUGUCUGAGGAACGGUGGCAUCUUCCGCAUUGGCCGACGUGGGUGGUGGGACGCCGCGAAGCCCUCGGUCAUUGCGGCGAAGGGCUUGACGCCGGAGACGCACUAUAACGAUGCCUUUGUGGAAGACGUUAAACGAACCAUGCAAGCCACUGGCAUGUUUUGCUUCUUUCCUGUUCAGUUCUGGAACGACAAUGGUAUUGGAAGCUCGGCCAAUUUUCUGGGCACUAUGCUCACAGGCAAUGGCGUUCCAAACGAUGUCAUUGGCAACUUCAACUCACUCAGUAUUAUUUGCCUCGGCCCUGUUCUAAAUUACGGACUGUACCCGCUGCUUCGAAAGUCCAAGAUUCGCUAUGGCCCAGUUGCUCGAAUCACGACUGGCUUCUUCCUUAGCACCAUCGCGGGUGUAGGAUACUGCGUCCUUUGUUAUAAGGCCUACCAGACGAGCCCUUGCGGUUGGUACGGAUCGUCAGACCCUCUAUGCGUUGAAGAGGGGCUGGUAUCGCCAAUCUCGCUCUGGUGGGAGGCUAUUCCGUAUGCCCUUGGUGGAUUCUCAGAACUCUUCAUCAACGUUCCAGCGUACGGCAUUGCCUACUCAAGAGCGCCUAUUAACAUGAGAGGCCUUGUGUCCGCAAUCAAUCUAUUCAAUACCGGCAUCGCUUACAUCGUCAACUUGGCCGCUUCGGCCGCGAUCGUCGACCCACACCUCGUCUGGGACUUUGGAGCGCCAGCCAUCAUUGGAGCUGUCGUUACUGUGUUCUUUUACUUCACCUUCCGUCAUAUCGACAAAGAAGAGUACGUUCUGUCGACGAACCAGACCAGCGAGGUCGAGCCAAUUGAAGGGAUCGGGGCAGAACACAGCGAUGAGAACGUUCAAGCCAAGGUCUGA